AUGCCGUUCUGGGGAUCCACACGUCAGUACGGUAAACCGAGUAGAGAGCCGGUCGAUGCGGUCCAUGGCUUCGGCCAGUUCAGAAGAACGCCUAUUGACACCGCGGCGCUCCUCAGCAGUGGUCGGUAUGUCGUGUUCUUGCCUGUACACAAACCAGGGACAGGGCCUGUACACAAAUCAAGCAUGAGACCUGUACACAGCGGCCAUGGCCUAGUAUACGACCCAUCAGUCAACCUAAGACCCACAAGUCAACCUAAGAACCACUGGAGAAAUAUGGUCAAGGCGUCUCAGUGGAAGGUUUCCCCGCAGCAAAAAGAGUUUCUGCGACCAUAUCUCGGCGCUUAUCGUCAAGUCAAAAAAAAUGCACGCACGAAACCAAGGGACUACGCCCAAUUCCAGUCGCAGCUCUGGCUCCUUUGGCGUGAUCGCUUUCAGAGUGAACUCCUACCCCCGGAUCUUCUAGACAUAGACGCUGUCAACCACUGGUACGCAUGUCGCCAAGAGGACCUCGCAUUAAUUGUCAGGACACUCAAGUUUUGGGAACCUUUUUACACGGUGGGCAGGGAGCGUGUUGCAUUGAAUGAACAGAAGAUGAAGAGACAAAUGAAGGAGCAUGGGCCGAAUGCAGAGGGAGGUGAUGGUGAUUCAAUCCAGAGGAGUGGAAGGGUUCCCAAGCCGCGGAAGUUCCCGGACCACGAGCUGUAG